AUUCUGUCUCUUGGUGUCCGCGCAUACAUGAAUAACCGAAGAAAGUACGGCAGGGGUUUGGAGCCCCAGUGACGCAUCUCCCUCUCUUCUCUCCGAAAUGACAAUUUUUGGGAUUGAUUAGUACCAGUACAGCUAGAGGGCCGAGUCGAGGUGCAGUCCAACCGCGCGAGCCGUCACACCGGAGGCUGCGAUCCUAAUCUGAUCGAAUUUUCGGACCAGGGUAGCUUGUCGUCUCAUUCUCUCUCUUUACACAGUAAUAGUUAUCCCACGUCCCCUCGUUGCACGUGGAUGGAAGUGUGUGCGUGCUGCACUUUCAAGUACAGACCGUUCAGCCCAUUUCAUACAUACAAAUGUAUGACUGAGCGCCAGGUCCUGUCAACAUGACAAUGUCUAUCCUCCGAGUCCUCUUGACUCCAUGCAUCCUUGCGUCCCUCGCGCAGGCUGCCGUGAGGACCUAUGAUUUCGACAUCGGCUGGGUGUAUGCCAACCCCGACGGCCUAGCAACUCGUCCUGUCAUCGGCAUCAAUGGACAAUGGCCAAUUCCCACCAUCUCGGUCACAAAGGGAGACCGAGUCGUCAUCAACGUGCAGAACUCGCUGGGGAACGAGAGCACCAGUCUUCACUUCCACGGCUUGUACCAGAAUGGCACAACGCACAUGGACGGUCCGGCCAGCGUGACGCAAUGUGACAUUCCGCCAGGCCAGAAGUUCACCUACGACUUCACCAUCGACCAACCCGGAACAUACUGGUACCACUCCCACACCAGGGGACAGUACCCUGACGGUCUUCGCGGACCCUUGAUCGUCCACGACCCGGAUUCUCCCCACAAGGACCUGUACGAUGAGGAGAUCGUACUAUCCUUCUCCGACUGGUACCAUGAGCUCAUGGUGCCGUUGAUCCAGCGCGAAUUUCUUAACAUCGCCAACCCGUCCGGCGCGGAGCCCGUCCCGGAUUCUUCGCUGGUGAAUGAGACACGUGAUCUCAAAGUCAAGAUCGAGCCAGGCAAGACGUACCUCGUCCGGAUGAUCAACAUGGGCGCUUUCGCCGGCCAGUAUGUCUGGUUCGAAGACCACACCAUGCGGGUCGUCGAGGUCGAUGGCGUUUAUACCGAGCCUCAGGAUGCCGACAUGUUGUAUCUCACUGCCGCGCAGAGAUACAGUGUUUUGCUGACGACGAAGACCGAGACGGACAGGAACUAUGCAUUCGUUGGAAGCAUGGACGAGGAGCUCUUCGACGUGAUACCUGACGGUCUCAACCCCAACGUGACAGGCUGGUUGGUUUAUGAUGACUCCAAGGAGAAGCCCGAUGCACAGGAGGUCGCCGAAUUCGAACCCUUCGACGACUUCACGCUCGUGCCCCAGGACAAGCAGCCCAUCUUCGACAAGGUCGACCACAGCGUCCGCCUCGAUCUGAAGAUGGACGUCCUGAACGAUGGACUGAACUACGCUUUCUUCAACGACAGAACGUACGUCCACCCUAAGGUGCCCACACUCUACACCGUGCUGUCGACCGGGGCCAACGCAACCAACCCCAUCGUCUACGGCACCAACACCAACGCCUUCGUCCUCGAGGCAAACCAAGUCGUCGAAAUCAUCCUCAACAACGACGACGACGGAAAACACCCCUUCCACCUCCACGGCCACAACUUCCAAGUCGUCCACCGCUCCGACGACGACGCAGGCUUCUACAUCCCGACCGCGUCGCCACCGCCAUCGGACUCAUUCCCGUCGACCCCGAUGCGCCGCGACACGGUGCUCCUCAACCCGAACGGCAACCUCGUGCUGCGGUUCCGCUCCGACAACCCGGGCGUCUGGCUCUUCCACUGCCACAUCGAAUGGCACGUCGUGUCCGGCCUGACGGCGACGUUCGUCGAGGCGCCGCUGGCCAUCCAGUCGCAGCUGUCCUCCCUCGGCGGCAUCCCGGACGACCACCUCGCGGCGUGUAAGGCGGCGAACGUGCCGACGGCUGGAAACGCAGCGGGCAACACGCGCGACGUGUUCGACCUGCGCGGCGAGAACCAGAGUCCCGGGAAGCUGCCGGAGGGGUUCACGGCGAGGGGGUGGGUGGCGCUGGGGUUCAGCGCGCUGGCGGCGGUGCUGGGCAUGGCGGUUAUUGGGUGGUAUGGUGUGCAGCCUAUGAAGGGGGAGGGGGAGGAUUGAAGAUGGUGGAACGUAGAUACGAAGGUUAAGAAAGGCUCAGCAUAGAGGGUUGAAUGUGUGAAUUGCAGCCUCUAGAAGAUGAAAUCAAGAACGAAAAGUAAAAGAGUCAAAGGGCUCUUAGCAACGGCAGUUACAAACGCUGUCCAGAUCCACAUAUCAAUAUAAGACACAUACAUAUCUUCUACACACACACACAACACACAUAGAGAACGAGAGGGCUACAUAGACACACACACACAC